UCUCUCCUCUUUUGUUAUUUUGACCGCGUUUUAACCAACAACGUGAGCAGAGGAGUAAAAAAAAAAAAAAAAAAGAAAAGAAAAACGUUGGUGCUAGCAUAGGGGCGGCCGUUGGGUUAGCUUUUCCCCUGAGGAGGUGGGACUUUUUCGGGCUUGAGCGUGGCGUCAACUGGGGACCUCCACAAAAGUUAGCUAAAGUUUGAGGGACGCUUUUCUUCGCUUUGGAUGAGAUAAACAGUUUCCUUUCCAGCUAAAUUGCAUGACUCAGAAAGAUUAAAGAUGGUGUAAUUCAACUCAACCGUUAAAAAAAAAAAACAGCCCGCGGGUUAAGAGAAGUUUAAAGAACCGGUUUUGCUUCGUCCCGUAGCCGCUUUGGGACCCUGAAUGCUCGGCUAGUUUUCCAGCUUGACACGGCGGCAGCGGAGACUUGUCACGGAGGACUGAACGAGCUGCAGAAGUACUUCCCAAACAAGCUCCAAACGGGCAAAUCGUCGUCCGUCGCCCAGAUGGACCUGAGAUAACGGCUGUGCUCCCUGCCCUCCUCCUGCUUGUCUACCCCACCCCUCCUCCCCCCUCUGCCCUCUCUCCCUUUUGCCCCUCUCUCUCUCUCCUCUGUCCCCCGUCCUCUCCUGUGUCAGAAUGGCUGACUCUGACUCUGGCUCCGAGGGUCUGGGGGCGCACACGGUUGUGGACUGCAGCCUGGAGAUCGAGAGGAAGUAUGAUGUCAUCCCAGCCGUCAUCUGCUCCAUGUGCUGCCUGUUUGGGAUCAUCUACUGCUUCUUUGGUUACCGCUGUUUCAAAGCCGUCAUGUUCCUGUCCGGCCUGAUCUUCGGCUCCGUCAUCAUCUUCCUCCUGUGUCAUAAGGAGCACGUGCUGGACACUCAGCUGAGCGUGGAGGCCAGUGCUGGCAUCGGCCUUGGCAUCGGGCUGCUCUGUGGGCUUGUCACUAUGAUGGUCCGGAGCGUGGGGCUGUUCAUGACCGGCCUCCUGCUCGGCCUGCUCCUCGCCCUCGCCGCCCUGCUGGUCACGGAGCAGUUCUACACCCCCACUACCGUCUGGGUGCCUCUGGGGGCGCUGUUAGGCUCGGGGAUGUUGUUCGCGGUGCUCACUCUACAAUGGCAGAAGGCGUUCACCAUGUUGUCCACGGCGGUGUUCGGGGCGGCCAUCAUGACGAUCUGCGCGGAUUACUUUGUGGAGAUGUUGGUUUUGGGCACGUACAUUUACGAGUGUCUGCGUCUGUCGCCCCGCACGCCUCUCUGCUGGUACAGCUGGGUGAUCCUCGGCAUGUGGCCCGCGCUCAGCCUCUUCGGGGUCCUGGUGCAGUGGAAGCUCACGGACGAUAGUUUCUCUCACACUGAAGUGGUGCUGAGCCGCAGACAGAAGCGCGUGCAGCUCAUGAGGAUCCGGGAGAAAGAUGCUAAAAAGCACCAGCAGGGGGCAGCACAGGAGGGCACCUACCGCCGCAAAGCAACGCCUGUCAAACGCUACGCAGGGGACCUCCUCGCUCCGAGUUACCUGCAGAGUCUGAGAGACAGACAGAUGGGCACCGGGACGUCUCUGAGCAGCAUGGGCACCACCAACCACACCAUGAUCGACCUGGACUACGACACCGGUUCUACUGCCCCCCUCACCGCUACGACUCCUGUGGUCAGAGUGUGAACUGCACCUCCAACCACACCAUGAUCAACCUGGACCUGGACAUCGACUCUACCACCC